CUUGCGAUACACUGGUUUCUUUCCCCGUAAGUCUGCUGUCCAUUAGGAAAAAUAAUUAUAAAAAUAAGACAUAUUACGAUGGACGAUAAAAACCAACAAUAUGACAAUCUUUUGAUUGGAAUUCUUCAGAAUGAAGGCAAUAUUUCUGGAUUUCUAGACGCAGUAUUUGGUUUUUUGUUUAGAAGAACUGACUACUACAGAAUAAUGAAAUCAAAGACAGACAAGUUAGGAUUUCCACCGGGAACAGCUUCAAAUUUAAUGGUUUCUGCAUUUAAGAAGUAUGAGAAGAUUACCACUGGGGAUGAACAGAAGAAAAGUAAAGGACACAGGAUAGAGAGGGAUAAAGAAAAAGCUUCAACAGUCACUCAACAAACUAAAAAUGUUUCAGAUGCUACCCCUGAACACACAGAAGUUUCUAAUGAGAAUAAAACCACUCACCGUCCAAAUCAAGACACAGAAAAAACUGUAAAUAAAUCAGGGGAGCAACCCAACACAGAAGUCAAACUUGAUUCAAAACUACAACAAGAUAUUAAAGAGGAUUCUGUUCCUCAAAAAUCAAAUAGUGCAAAAAUAGAAGAAGAUGCCAAUCCUGAACUUGCAAGACAACAAGCCAUAUACCAAGCCAGUUCUGAAAGUUACAAUGGUGCAAUCCGUGAUAAUUAUUCCUGGUCUCAGAGCAUUACAGAUCUUGAUAUAUGCCUAAAGAUUCCAAAUUAUAUCAAAAAGGGUAAAGACAUCAAAGUUUGUAUUGAAAAGAAGCAUAUUAAAGUAUCCCAUAAGGAUGAAUCGGGACAGAUGGUAGAGUUAAUGAAUGGAGAAUUGUGCUGGGAAAUAAAUAAAGAGGAAUCAAUAUGGAAUCUCGUUCCUACAGAACAUAUUUUGAUUAAUUUGGAUAAAAAGCAAGAAAGAUGGUGGGAGGCUAUUUUAACAACAGAACCAAAAAUUAAUGUACAGAAGAUUGAUGCUAGCAGACCAAUGACAGAUUUAGAUGAUGAAUCACAAACUAAGAUAGAGGAAAUGAUGUUCAAUGAGAGACAGAAGAAAUUAGGAUUACCACAGUCACAUGAAAAGAAAGUCCAUGAUGUUUUAGCACAAGCUUGGAAUGCAGAGGGUUCUCCGUUUAAAGGACAGCCGUUUGAUCCAUCAAAGUUAAAUGUAGGUCAAGGAGGAAUGAUAACAAUAAAUGAUAGUGAGGCUAAUAAAAAUAGUUCUUGAGGAAUGAUAACAAUAAUUUGCAAGGAGGCUAAUAAAAAUAGAUCUUAAAACAAUGUUCACAGAUGAGUUUGUUGACUUAUUAGUGAAUUUUAAGAAAGUCUGAUUAUUCUCAUUAGCUUCAUCGAGUUAUCAUAUUUGAACUAUUAUCUUGAAAUAUUAUGUGGAAAACAGCGCAAAUCU